AGCUGUUUUUUCGUAGCACAUCAUCCACUCGUCGCGCUGGUCUUUUCUUCACCGGUGCAAUGGAGCGAAGUGAUGAGAGGGAUGUGAAGGAGGACACGAAGAUUCGGAGCCAAGUCUCGGGACCGUCCGUGGACGAAGACCAGGAUGCGGCGUCCACAGCCUGUGUUUCCACCACAUCCAGCUCAUUUGUUGAAGAGCUGAACCGAAGUCAGGUGAAGCUCAUUUUUACCACGUCAAGGAGGGGGCUGCGUUGCCUUGGCCGUGGCUACAGCACCCCGGAUCCUUCACCGAGCCCACUUCCAAAGUGUGAAGCUUUGAGAGAGGAGCUUGUGUUUGUGCCAGACUCUGGUGGAGCGCCGGAGGUGGGUGCAAACUCAAAGGAGGAAAAGCCUUUGCAGGACUCACCUGUGCGGGGCCGUGUGGAGACAGAACCAGUACGAUUGGAGCGGUCCAUUCGUACUCCUUCUCCGGUAUUGGAGAGGACCCCGAGGAAUGUGCUUCCUCCUCCAGUGCUGCCCCAUGUGGGCAACAACGUUCCAACGCCGUACGUGUCCCACCGCGGCAUGGCAGUGCAAGUGGUUUCAUGUGGGAUGUCGAUGUCGCCCACUUCACCCAUGUCACCUACGACGCCCCACUUUUGCACAUCACCCUGGUCAUACCAAGGUUCAUAUGUGGUUGGUUGUGUCGGAGAACCAUCCGCAGGCUCCUUGGGACAUCCAUACAAUUGCGGGCCGCCCUGCAAGUACGUGAAGAAGACUCGCGGGUGCAAGGACGGGAGGUGCUGCACCCGGUGCCAUUUGUGCCCCUGGCGUGGACGGACCUCGGGAAAAGACCAGACCGAGAAGGAUAAGGUGCAGCGACCCGUCCCAGUGUUGCCGUACAUGCCGGCAGUAUGGGCGGUGUCACAGAAGGGAGAAGUUGCACAAGUUUUCCAUUGAGGCGAGAAAGUUGCCCAAAGUGGGCAGCAGGGGAAGAGAAGUAGAGAAGAGGACAAAGUUUUGAGAUCGAGGCUGGGCAACAGCCCAGCGACGCAGGCCGCGGCUCUAAGAUGGGGAGCAGGCAUGGACGCUGUGAGCUCGUAUUGAACCAAGUGCCUGGAAUACUGCAGCUGCGAGUGAUGUGA